AAGACACGGUAUCAAUGUAAAACACACAGUGAGACACACUGUUUGUUGGUAUUUUCCGUUGGUUCCGCCUCCCCGCGGCCGGAGGGGCGGGCUCCGGGCGGACUGCACACAGACCGCGGUGCUCACCGACCUCGGGACGACUCCUCUCUCAACUUUUCACAUAUGGAAGUGUGCGAGGCUCUCGAGUGAGGGACGAUGGAGGAGAAACGUGCUGACUCUUCUCUUGACUUGAGCCACCUGACGGAGGAGGAGCAGUCCACCAUCCUGCAGGUCUUAGAGCGUGACUUGGAUUUGCGUCAUCUCGAUGAAGGACGUGUAAGGGUCCUCGAGGAGACCGAGAGAGAUCCAGGCCGUUUGCGCAUCCUGUCAGGAGCAUGGUUCAGCGAGGAGUACCGCAAACGCCAUCGCGACCGGACGCCGGGCUGCACGCUCGUCCGCGCCUCCAUACGCCACAGGAAGACCAAGAACAGAGUAACAGAUGUCGCACUGCCUGGUCUAUUCAUUGGGGAGAGCGUGGAAUCCUCUCACAACAGUUACGAUUCUCCUGAGGUAGAGAGAAGACUGAAGGACGGCAAAGAAGAGGAGGGUGCAGGGAGUCAAGAAAAUGUUAAACCUGUACCCACACCCAGAACUCACAGUUCUGGUGCACAGGACCUCCAGCGUAAAAAUGGUCUCUCAUCUCUCAAAGAGUGUGAACGGAGAAGUAACUCAGAGGAACCUGAGGAAGACUUUGGCAGUCACAAUGGGGACACAGAGUCUCUGAGCAGCUGCCAGACAGAGCGGGAACCAGCCUCUCUGAAGUCCAGCAGCUCCACCGGCAGCCUUCAUUCGGCCUACACGCUCAGUGGAAGCAUGAUGAGUCUAUUCAGCUCAGGCGAUUUUGGAAUGGUGGAGGUUAGGGGCCGUAUCCAAUUCUCAUUGGUUUACGACACCCAGAAGGAGGAGCUGCAAGUGAAAGUGUAUCGCUGCGAGGAAAUCGCUUCAGCGCGCAAGGAUCGCUCUAACCCAUACGUGAAAACCUAUCUCUUACCAGACAAGUCAAGUCACAGCAAGAAGAAAACGUCAGUGAAGAAGAAGACCCUAAACCCAGUCUACGAUCAGACGCUGCGAUAUAAAGUGCGGAUUGGAGAGCUGCGGAGCCGAACCUUGAACCUGUCGGUGUGGCACGCCGAUCCCCUGGGCAGAAACGUGUUCCUGGGCGAGGUGGAGGUGUCUCUGGGCCUCUGGGACUGGACGUGCUCCCAGCCCCUGUGGCAGGACCUGCAGCCACGGAUUAAUUUGAAUCCAGACUCCAUUAGCAGCCGUGGGCUCAUCUUGCUUUCUAUUAAGUUUGUCCCAGACGGAUUUGAGGGCGAUGGACUGCCGUUGACUGGGGAGCUUCACAUCUGGCUUCGGGAGGCUCAAGGCCUUCUGGCCAACAAAGGGGGGGCAAUAGACUCCUUUGUCAGAAGCUACAUACUGCCAGACGCCAGUCGGCAGAGUGGUCAGAAGACGCGGCUGGUGAAGCGUUCCAUCAGCCCUACCUUCAACCACACCAUGGUCUAUGAUGGCUUCCACUCCAGCGACCUGAGGGAGGCGUGCGCCGAGCUGACCGUCUGGCACCGUGAGGGGUUAAAGCCGCACGUCCUGGGAGGGAUUCGCCUGAGCUGUGGAACUGGUCAGAGUUAUGGGGAGGCUGUAAGCUGGAUGGACUCUACAGAAGAGGAAGUUGCUGUGUGGACCUCCAUGAUCGAAAACCCAAACAACUGGGUGGACGCGACACUAUCAAUCAGAACUAACCUUGCACAGCGUUUUGAGUGACGCAGACAUACCAUGCACAUAAAAACACUAAUAAUCGUUGGACUGGAAGCACACCCUCAGAACGUGAGCACAUUUAACUUCUGUCACAACUUCUGUCUUUUACAGACACAAUGCAAACAGACACACAAACAGGAGGAGGUAGAGGUGCAGUAUUGUGAAUUAAUGCCAUUGAUCAGACAUUUUUAUGUUUUAUUUUUAUGUUUUUGGUUCAGUGUAUUUUAUCUGACGAGGAUGUGAUCCAUUGUAUUUUAUGAAUUAAAUAUUAAACUUGC